AUGAAGAUUUCUACAAAAUUUAAGAAGUAUUCAACUAUAGCUGGAUCCAUUUUGAUGCUAUUUCCCACGGGAGUAAAUUAUUUACAAGGUAACGUGUUACCGUAUAUAGUCUCCUAUCUCCAUUCUUUGGGGAAAUACCAGGACACGAAUAUUGGUAGCGAAGUCUGGAUCAUCGGCUUGUAUUAUGCUGGAUUCAUCAGUACAAUCAUGACUUCCUACUUUGAGAAGAAGUUUGGAAUGAGGUUUAUGAUGUUUGUUGGUGUUAUAUUAAUCAGCACCGGUUUCUUGUCAACUCAUUUCUCUGUACAGUAUUCUAUGUGGCUAGUGGCCUUCACCUUUGGUUUGCUACCUGGUAUAGGCGUUGCCCAGUGUAUAAAUGUGACUAUAUCGAUUAUAGUAAAGUGGAUGCCAGAUAGAAUGGGGUUUGGUGUAAGUGUGAUAACAACUGGUAGUGGUAUUGGUGUUCUAGUUCUGAACAAUGCCAUCAUGCAAUAUGUCAACCCCGAGGAUAUCAAGACUAAUAAAACUAUCAACUCAAUCAACCAAUACAUUAUUGUCGAUUUAUUACUACGGGCCUGUUGGUCAUUUUAUAAUGUCUUACAACCUUCCAGUGUAUUUACAGAUGAAGGUAUCCUAGCCAGAACGCCAUACUUAUUUCUACUGCUCGGUUCUAUUACUGUAUUGGUUCAAAUUGUUAGCAUCUUUUUCAUCUACAUUGUCCCUGAAGCUGACGAGGAAGAACAAAUUAUUUUGGAAAAAUCAGAUCAUUGGUCUCCAAAAGAAACAGACAGGGAUAAGGUGGUUAAUUUCAGAACUGAUGUGGAAUCAUAUGCAGCUUCAAACCUAAAUUUAUUGCAAGUUCUUCGACAGCCUUCAGCAUAUCUUUUGAUGGUAGCGUCCUCGUUUUAUCUGGGAGCCACACUUGUGGUAUCAGCCACAUAUAAGGUACAGUCGUUUGGAGAACAAUUCAUUAAAGAAGACUCCAUACUGACGAAUAUCGGCGGCGUAGCUGGGUUUAUGGCUCCCAUCUUUAGACCCAUAUUCGGGAUCUUGGCCGAUAAGAUAUCCCAUAAGCUCUGUUUAAUAUCAAUGUGUGCGGUGUUGGUAGUACUACUGGAGACCUUCUACUAUACGCAGUAUAUGGGUGUGGCUGGGUACUCUCUAUGGCUGGUGUUGUUGAUGGUUCAUCUGGGAGGAGGUCAACCAUUAUAUAGAAGUACCAUACCGAGAUGUUACGGUGUCGAAAACCAGUCCAGCAAUCAAACUAUACUUUCUUUUGGAUAUUGUACUGUAGCUAUAGGUAUCAGCCUCACUGCGCCGUUAAUACUGUCCAAACUAGGAUGGUUCUAUCUUUUCCCUAUUAUUGGUAUCUUACCUUUACUCAGUAUAUUGGCAUUGGCAGUUUUUAAUGUUCGUCUCAAGGAUGGUACUAGAAUAUAA